AUGGCUGCCCUCAACAAAAUCGCUGCCAACUCGCCCUCGAGGCAGAGUCCUUCUGAGUUGGAGUCCUCCCUCGCCAACGCUCUUUUCGACCUUGAGAGCAACACCCAGGACUUGAAGGCUUCUCUCCGCCCUCUUCAGUUCGUCUCUGCUCGUGAGAUCGAGGUCGGCCAUGGCAAGAAGGCUAUUGCCAUCUUCGUUCCCGUCCCUCUCCUCCAGGGUUUCCACAAGAUCCAGCAGCGAUUGACCCGUGAGCUCGAGAAGAAAUUCUCCGACCGCCACGUUGUCAUCAUUGCCUCUCGCCGUAUCCUCCCCCGCCCCAAGCGCUCCGUCCGCUCUCGCAACACCCUUACCCAGAAGCGUCCUCGUUCCCGCACUUUGACUGCUGUUCACGAUGCCAUCCUCUCCGACAUUGUCUACCCCGUUGAGAUUGUCGGAAAGCGUCUCCGCACCAAGGAGGACGGCAGCAAGACCCUCAAGGUUAUUCUCGAUGAGAAGGAGCGCGGUGGUGUUGACCACCGCCUCGAUGCCUAUGGCGAGGUUUACCGACGAUUGACCGGCCGUAACGUUGUUUUCGAGUUCCCUCAGAGCGGCGUUGCUGAAUACUAG